CAUUUGAUUGCUUUCUUCCUUUCCAUUUUUUUUUUUUUAAACACAAAGCAAAACUACCUUUGCAGCUGAAUGUGACUCUGGCGAAAGGAAGUGGAGCUUUGGCCCAAAGUGGCUCCCCGGGACACCUGGCUGGCUGGGAGGACAGCGUGUGACAGCUGCUGGGGGCUUGGCCAGCUGCGGGGAGCAGGGUGUCCGCGGCAAGGGCCCCACGACACACCCGGCUGCUCAUGCUGUUGGGGCUCCACCAGGAAGAAGCCGGCGGCAGGACCCUCGCCGGGUGGCUGGCCAAGCAUGGAGCGCCAGAGCAAGAUGGAGUUCUUCCAGAAGCUGGGCUACAGCCGGGAGGACGUGGUCAGAGUGCUGGGCAAGCUGGGCGAGGACGCCCUGGUCAACGACAUGCUGCAGGAGCUGAUCCAGACGGGCAGCCGCCCCAGCGCCCAUGAGGCUGGCGCUGCACCCCUGCUCAUCCCCCGGGGCUCCUGUGGGACCCCCACCUCUGCCCAGCGCGGGCUGGGAGUGGACCCAGAAGAGAGGAGCAGAGGCCCAGCCAGUUCCUUGCGACCCAUCGUGAUCGACGGCAGCAACGUGGCCAUGAGCCAUGGAAAUAAAGAAGCCUUCUCUUGCCGGGGAAUCCAGCUGGCUGUGGACUGGUUCAGGGACAGAGGACACACCUACAUCAAAGUUUUUGUUCCAUCCUGGAGGAAAGAACCACCAAGAUCUGAUGCCCCGAUCAGAGGUACGCUGGAGCACAUGCUCAAGAAGUGCUCUACACCUUUCCUUGAGCAGCACGUGCUGGAGGAGCUGGAGAGGCAGGCCGUGCUGGUGUACACGCCGUCCCGCAAGGUGAGCGGCAAGCGGGUGGUGUGCUACGACGACCGCUACAUCGUGAAGGUGGCGUACGAGCAGGACGGGGUCAUCGUCUCCAACGACAACUACCGCGACCUGCAGAGCGAGAACCCCGAGUGGAAGUGGUUCAUCGAGCAGAGGCUGCUCAUGUUCUCCUUCGUCAAUGACCGGUUCAUGCCUCCUGAUGACCCCCUGGGCCGUUGGGGACCCACCCUGAGCAACUUCCUGAGCAGGACGCCAAAGCCCCCAGAGCCGUCCUGGCAGCACUGCCCCUAUGGCAAGAAAUGCACCUACGGCAUCAAGUGCAAGUUCUACCACCCAGAGAGGCCGCACCACACGCAGCUGGCGGUGGCCGACGAGCUCCGCGCGCAAACGCGGGCCUGGCGGGGCGCGGGCAGCGAGGAGGAGCGGCCGGGGAGCGCGCCGCCGGAGGGCCAGGCAGAGCAGGGCGGCUCCCCAGGCGUCCCCGCCGCCCGGCCCGGCCCCUGGGAGCCCGGCGGGCGCGGCUUGGCCCUCGCGCGGCGGCCGGCGGACGUGGCGGCUCUCGAAGGCCGCUUCUCGCGACUCGCCCUCGGCGACGACCCGGGGCUCCUCCGGGCGCCCCCUCCGGGCCCCUGCUGCGGCCUCGCGUCCGGGCCGCGCUGUCCCGACUGGGUGGCGCCCCGGCCCCCGCCGUCCCCGCCAGCCCCUGCCGGACCGUGGAGUGGGUCCCGCCCCAGCGCCCGGCAGAGCGACCGGCGCCCCCCGCGCCAGCAGCCCGCCGACCUGAGGGCCCUCCCUCCAAGGGCCGGCCGGCUCCCGGGUCGCUCGGCCCCGGCAGAGUCGGGCUGGGGGGACGGCACCUUCCGGGGGCCUUCGGGGUCUGCGCUCCAGGCCGCGACCGGAGAGGUGGAGGCGCGCGCCCGGGCGCGCACCGUGCUCUGCAGCAUCUUCCCGCCCCAGCAGGUGGACAGCGUCAUGGCCCUGUUCCCCGAGCUCUCCGAUGUCGCCAGGCUCAUCCUCCUCAUCCAGAAAUUCCAAAGGUCGAGUGUGCCCGUGGGGAAGCCCUGAGGAGCUCGCCUGGGCCACCGCACGGGCUGUCCCAGUCUUGCCUUGCUACCUGGCCGGGCUGGUGGUGGUACUCAGCCUGCACCUGGGUCGGCACCCCCUGUGGAACCCCCUUUCUUUGAAGAUGUCAGGAAAGCUAGCUUCCUGGGGCCCUCUGCAGUGCCCCUCGUGGCUCUUGGUGACCUUCACUGACGACGCAGAGGCUGCUGCUACAGGUCCAUGUCCUUCAGAAUAAGGUUGGCCACUUCCGUUGAGGGAGUGAUUUCUCAGGCCUGAAGACUUCAAGUCCCACUAGGGCUCCAAGUGUUUGCCCAGAGUACUCCAUGGCUGUUUCUGUCCAGCUACAAUUGGCAUCCACAAGUGGGUCACAAGAUCAACUUAAGGGGUCACACCAGAGACAGACUGGAAUAGGAAAUUGCGGAGCACACCCCACAUAAUCAGGCUUGGGAGGACACUGUUCUUUGUUAGCUACAGAUGUGCCUGUAUUCCCUCAGUAGCCAUGUGAACUUAAUGGGUUAUGGGCAAAAGGUGGAAAAACUCUGGUAAACGGCCUUGGAGUUCAUUGCAUCAAAUCACAUUUGAAAUGUGUAGUCAGUUGGCUGCUGGAGAUUUUGGCAUCUGGAGGUUUUCAUAUGAGCUGUUUCUAACCUCUUGAGGGGAACCCAGAGUUCUCGCCUCCAUGUGUGGGCUCCACUUUUCACUCUUGAGAUUGUGUGGCUGUGCUGGUCUGUGGUGGUGCGGCCGGGGGGCACCUUGUCUGGGGCCCUCACCCCACCUCACACACACACACCACACAUGCAGAUAUCACACCCACAAUCACACAACACACACACACACACACACACACAUACAUCACUUAACUCAGGGAUAAGUGUCCUCCUUUUUCAGCUAUCUAUCAUGUUUCCAGCCCAGGCCCCUUAUUGGCCAAGCCUUCUGAGCCACACCUCACAGCUGAGCCCAGGCGCACUGAGUCAGGGAUUCUGCUCAGAAACCUCCAGGUGGGUCAGCGGAGAGCUGGGGUGAGCCUCAAUCAUGGAGCUUUCUUGCCACCUUCCAUCAUUGCUGUUUAUUCUCACCAACUACUGCUUUGAGUUUUGGGGGAAGGGGUCCACCCAUUUGCAAUGGACAAGAGAGGAGAGAGAUAGUGCUUUCAGAACGUGGACCCUGUAUCCUCAAGGGCCCUGGCAUCUCUGGGUGGCAUCCACCCAUUCACUCUGGAUUAUAGGUCCAGCUCGCAGAUCUUGGCUGGUUGGUUCAUGAGAUUUGGUGUCUCAGCCAUCGAGGAGGGUGUGAGGCACCUGCCAGUGGAAAACCAGCUCCCAGCCCCAACCAGCUUCCUGCAGACUGGCAAGCAUGGGCUGUGUGCACAGUUGGCCCAGCCCAGGGUGCACGCCGGAGAAUCCAGUCCUGGCCCCCUUCAUUGUGCUAAACGCUGCCAUUGGAGAUAGAGACAUUGUGUCCCCUGUGAGCUCUUUCAUCUUUUUAAACCAGAUUCUUAGCUUCAGCCAGAUCUGUUCCUCACCUCUUUUUUCCAAAGAGGACAUCCACAGUUGUACCUUAUUAUUUGGAGACCUCCGUCCUGAGGAGGAUGCACUCUUUUCUAGAUAAAUUGGAUUUCCCUCAUGCUGUUUUUUGGUUGGUUUGUUCUUUUCCCUUUUGACAAGAUAAGCUUUAUGUUAGAGCUGCUUUUGUCUCUUGGAUCUGUUUCCUGACAUGGAAUCAUUGCAUUGCUGAUUUACUGGUAGAAAUGUUUAAACUACUUCCUUUGAGGACAAGUUUGAGUUUUAGUAAGCUGUAAAGCUAUUUUAUUUGGUUCACUGUGAUUAAGACAAGCACAAAAACAAGUGAAGAAACAGCACAUUUCAAUGUAAUCCCCUUUGGAAUUUUUUCCAAAGUCUUGGUAUGUCUUUGUGACACAAAACUUGAAUGGGAUGGGUGGAUGAAAUGUUCCUAGUUGCAUAGCUGUUACCGAGCUCCCAAAAUAAAUCACUUUUACCCACA